AUGAUUCGGUUUGGCCGGUCUCUCGGCUGGGCCAAGGCUCGGGGCCCCCGCGGCAUCCCGGAGACUCGGCCCUCCUCCUCCUCCCGCAACCUGGCGCGGGGCAGGUCCCUGCGGGUGCUCGUGGACAUGGAUGGGGUGCUGGCGGACUUCGAAGGCGGCUUCCUGAAGAAGUUCAGGGCCAGGUACCCGGACAAACCUUACGUCGCUCUGGAGGACCGGAGGGGCUUCUGGGUUUCAGAACAGUAUGGACAACUGAGACCCGAACUGACUGAGAAAGCCAUCAGCAUUUGGGAGUCAAAGAAUUUCUUCAUUGAACUUGAACCUCUACCAGGGGCCGUGGAAGCUCUGAAACAGAUGGUCCGCUUAGAAAACACAGACGUGUUCAUCUGCACAAGCCCCAUCAGGAACUACAAGUUCUGUCCUUAUGAGAAGUAUGCCUGGGUCGAGAAGCAUUUUGGUCCGGAGUUCCUGGAGAAGAUCGUGCUCACCCAGGAUAAGACGGUGGUCUCCGCAGACCUCCUCAUAGACGACCGGCCGGAUAUAACAGGGGCAGAGCCGAACCCCAGCUGGGAGCACAUCCUCUUCACUGCCUGCCACAACAAGCACCUCCAGCUGCAGCCACCCAACCGCAGGCUCCACUCCUGGACGGACGACUGGAAGGCAAUCCUGGACAGCAAGCGCUCUCCGCCCCCCAGGAGCCUCGCUCCUUAAAGGGACACGGAGGACCUCCAGGCCUGGAGUCACGUUGCUGGGGUGGGGAUUGUGGGCCGGGCCGGUGGCAGUUUUUUCCCUUGCAACGUCCCGAGGAAGAACUAGAAGCCUGGAGCUUUCCCAUCGGAGAGGAAGUGGCUCGGCAUCUCCUACCGCAGACUCUGGAAGGAGAGACUCGAGUCAGGAAGUGUCUGGCUACCCCCAGGCCACAUGCGGCCUCUCAAUGCCCAUCUUCUCCUUCCCUGCCGUCACACUUGGGCUUUAAGACAAGCCGAUGCUUGGCUCACGCCAGGAAGGGCAGCACGUCUGCUCGUGCCUUUUGGGAUUGGGCCAACUUCCUGAAGUUUGUGUCCAGGGCCAGGCAGUGCCAUCGCCUGCCCCCACCCCAUCCAGGCCGAGGCUGCCCCAACUAGUGGUAGAUGAUAACCCUGUGAUUUGUUGACAGAAUUUGGUGUACCCAUAAAGGCCCAACAAGUCAA